UGAUCAUGUUGAAGAAAAUCAUUCAAACGAAGAGAACUAACUAUUAGAAAGAUGCAGGUAGUAGAGAGAAGAGAAGUUUAGAGAAGUACAGGAACGAAGAAAUGGAGAAGAGAAACGUUGUUGAGAUGAAGCGUAGAGAGAAGAGCAGAGAGACCGACUGGAAAGAAGUUCUACAGAAGACUUGAGGGUUGAAGAAAGGUGAGAGGAUAGACAGAGCGACAAUAGCAAAGAUAUAGUCGGCAGCGAAUUCAAAGAAUGUGGAUCUGGUUGACAAGCUCCACCAUCAGGGCAAAGGAGUGGUAUGGCCUGUUCAGGACUUUGCUUGGGUGUCCUGAUUGGCUGCUUGCUUCUCUUCUGUCCCCUGUUGCUGACAGGCUGCAAUGGUCAACAUGUCAGUCUAAAUGCUGCUGGUACACGACAGUUAGCACCAUACAGGGUGACAUUUGGUGAUGGACAACCUGCAGUCAAUUUUACCAGUUACUUACCUGUAUGCUUGGUGGCCAGUGGAUCAGGACCAUUCAUUCGACUAGAGAAGACUGAUGGUAGUCUAGUGUGGGCUGAGACAGGUGCCUUCUCAGGAGGUACUAUUGUACAGGUGAACAGCACAGUACAUCCUAUACUGAACACUUCAUACACUGGACUGUACCAUUGCAGAACAGUGGAUUACAACUCAACAGAAACAUAUCAACUCAACAUUGUAGAACUUUGUCCAGAUCUCAUUUUUGCAAAACACAACUUCAAACCCAUUACUGAUUUUAGCAGAGCGAUUGGCACGAACAUAUCAAUAAGUUGUCAAGCUGGGUUUCUUGCUAACACCAGUCUGGAUGUGACCUAUUCUACAUGCCAGAGUGGCGGAGUAUGGAACCCAAGACCACCAGCAUGUGAAAGUUGCAGAGUUAGAUGUUCCGAUGACAUCAAUGUUGAAUCCUGUAAUCACGUGAUGGGACAAGGCACUGUCAACUGUAUUUGUAAACUAAACUAUAUAUGGGCAGGGAGCAAGUGUGUGGUAGUCUCUCCUACAAGUCCUGUUACCAAUGUAGUCUCUCCUACAAGUCCUGUUACCCGUGUAGUCUCUCCUACAAGUCCUGUUACCCGUGUAGUCUCUUCUACAAGUCAUGAUACCAGUGAAGUCUCUCCUACAAGUGAUGACACCAGUGCUAUGUCAAGUGGAACACGAUCCUUGCAUCCGCCUUCCACUGCCGAUGAUUCUACAAAGCAGCGUGUAUCAACUGGAGCUAUCGUUGGCAUUGCUAGUGUAGUAAGCAUCGUGACAGUGGCAUGUGCCAUCCUUCUCACCUUUAAGAUGAAGAAGGUUGACAGGUAGGAUCUUACUAUAAAUUUCUACUUUAUACUGGUGUGGCGGCGGCUUGUGUACUGUUUGCUCUUGGUCUCUACUGUAAAUUACCACCAGAGCACCCCACCUUGAUUUCACAGCCAGGGAAAACACAUAAUCCUAUGGCAGAGUGCAAUAGAUUGUGUGCGAUGUGAGAGCCUUAGUGUACUAAAGUCACACUUAGGUUUUUGUGUGCAGCUCGUGCCCGCCAAAUGUUAACGUGUAUACGGAUUGACUGCACAACGUGCAAUGUGUAUACACGGUUCGUGUGGUAUGACCUACAGACAGGACCCCACGUCCACACUAUGACCAGAAAAGGACGCCCCGUACUCGCUGUACUUUACGCUACUUACGUGUAUGCGCUCAUAGGAUAUGAAGGAUGGCUAGUGGCUCUGGAAAUUACCUACAUCCGAAGUGCCACCAGCAGUUACAUGUUGCCCUGCCUUUACAAUGAGAA